AUGGAGGGCCCGGAGGACCCGGAGGACCCGGACCCGGAGCGGCAGGUGAUGCCUGCUCCUGGGCCCGUGUAUCCACAGGAGGAAGACAAGAAUGAGAAGGGCCUGAGGUGGAGGCCCAGUCUCGAAUUUUUAUCCAGGGGAGCUCAGAGCAGCCCCGACGGCAACCGUUCUGACGGGGAGGCCUCAGCGUUGUCCGGCCCGGGGGAGGACGAUGAGGAUUACGACAGCGACCUGAAGAACUGGGAGAUGGAGGAGGGCGAGGGGGCCGGCUCCCCGGCGACAGGGCAGAGGGCCGGGUCUCCGGUUAAAGAGGACUGGGACGCGGAGUUGAAUCCUUACGACGCGGAAGACAUCCACUGCACCAGCUCCCCGGAGAAGAACCGUUGGGUGCCCCGGGCCCCGGUAGGCGACCUGAUCUAUGACCCCAGCUGGCACCACCCAGCCCCGCUGACGCCACACUACACCAAAAUGGUCUUCGAGACCGGACAGUUCGACGAUGCCGAGGACUGAGGGGCAGGAAGCCCCCGGCCACGGAGCCAGGUGGGUGGAGGAGCCAUCGCUUCUCCCCAGAGGGGCCGGGCCGGGUCGCCGUCCCAGGCCGUUCCAGAGCGGCUUGCUCUUUGUCUGGUCUGUGUGCUCUCUCGAGGUGCCUGGGAAAUGACCCUCGCUACCCCACAACCCUGCAUCUCAUGGUUCUGUUGGUUUUAAGUUACAAUGGACAUUCACUCAAGGAGCAAGCCUAUUUUCGGGGCAGGGGGAGGUGGGGGUUUU